AUGGCUCCCGCAAAGAAGGGUGGCGAGAAGAAGAAGGGCCGUUCUGCCAUCAACGAGGUAGUGACCAGAGAAUACACCAUCAACAUUCACAAGCGCAUCCAUGGAGUGGGAUUCAAGAAGCGUGCCCCUCGAGCACUCAAAGAGAUCCGGAAAUUUGCUAUGAAGGAGAUGGGAACCCCAGAUGUGCGCAUUGACACCAGGCUCAACAAAGCUGUCUGGGCCAAAGGAAUAAGGAAUGUUCCAUACCGUAUCCGUGUGCGGUUAUCCAGAAAACGUAAUGAGGAUGAAGAUUCACCAAACAAGCUCUAUACGUUGGUUACCUAUGUACCUGUCACCACUUUCAAAAAUCUACAGACCGUUAAUGUGGAUGAGAACUAAUUGCUGAUUGUCAAAUAAAGGAAAUGUCCGGGAGUCCUGGGGAAUCUUCUCAGUGUUGGUGUCUGCAAAAACCAAAUCCUGCUCCGGAGAAAGAGCUGAAGCCCGCAGCUCCUCCCCACCUUCCUGGGAGCAGCUUCCAGAGCUGCUGCUUCGCUGCCCCACUUCCCCGAUCUGCAGCAGCAGAGUGGUGACCGUGGCAAUGGCUUGAUACAAAUCGUUUUCUUCUGGAUCUUCAUGGAACAUACUGUACAAAGUUUUACAGAAUUGGAUAAAUUCUCUCUGGAAUGAAACAAUAUAUAGCAACAUAAUCAGGAUAGAAGUAGAAUUUUUUUUUUAACUUAAAAGUUCUUGGAGAAAACUACAUAGCAGUCUUUGAAGCAAAUAAGAUUAAAAUACUACUCAUAAAGUACUACCAACAGUGACUCCAGGGAACACUUAGAAGUGUUGUGCUCUUUGUCUAUACAGCAACUAUUAGGAAAUCUGUGCACCCUAAAGGACAUACACCCCCUUUAAUCCAAAUCAAUUUGCUAAAAUGGACCCAAAAGCUGUAGAGAUUUGUUUAUAAUGAUGUUUAAUCUAGGAUUUACAAUAGAAAAAGUUGGACAAGA